AUGCGCCGCCUCAAGGCUGAGCGCGGACUCAACAACAUCAAGCCCGGCGUGAACGACACCGCCGACGCGCUCUUCGCGGCCAUCAAGGCGUCGCACUUUGAGGUGUCGCCUUCCAUGCUCUUCGCCAUCGCCUACAUCCGCGAGGGCGAGCCCUUCGUGCUUCGUGAACGAGCUUCGGGUGCUGCGGCUGCGGCUCGUCGCCUCGCCCAGGCCAAAGAAGAGGAGAAGCUGCAGAACUCGCUUCGCGCCACAGGAGAUGCGGCGCCGGCGACGCUGCGCAUCGCAUCCCGCCGUGGGGUCCAGGACGUCACGAACCUGAUCUGGAAGCUCGACCUUGCUUUGCAGGACGAGGCGAAGUACGACUCACUUCUUGACAGCUACAACACCGAGCGCAAGCCCAUUGGCGCGCGCGUCGAGUGUGCCAGCCUGCGCAACCUGCGGAGCCACGGCCUCGUCAUGAACGCCGCUCUGAGCCUCAAGCACAGACAACUUGCCCGAGCAGAACUGGGCCGCACUCAAGCCCUACUUCGACCCCAUACUACGAAGGGCCUGGCCGGACCAAGGUAA